CUCGCGAGACUGCGAGCGGAAGAUGGUAGAUGGCUCUUCCUCGUAGGGUGUGUGUGAGUGUGUGUCGUUUGUUUACCGUUCGAUGCGUCGCUCCGGUGCGUGUUUCGUUCCCGUCCGUCUCUGUUGAGUCACCGGACAGUGUUCAUGUUGUGCGGGCUGCUGUUUUCCACCGUUCAUCUGUGUAAAUAUGACGGGAGAGAAGAUCCGCUCGGUGCGCAAAGAGCGCAAGGCGGGUUUGGAUCUGCUGGAGCCGGACGAGGAGCCGGCGGCCACCGGGCCGACCAAAGCCAACCGGGGCAGCAAGAUCCUCAGCGGCGGCAACCACAAGAUCCUCCGCUCCAGCUCGCAGCAGAACCAGAACCACGGCGACACUGACGGCGCGUAUCCCGUGCAUGAGUGCGUGUUCCGGGGAGACGUGCGGAGGCUGUCAUCGCUCAUCCGGACGCAGAACAUCGCGCAGAAAGACCUGCACGGAAACACCCCCCUUCAUCUGGCUGUUAUGAUGGGUCAUAAAGAAUGUGCUCAUCUCCUGCUGGCCCAUAAUGCACCAGUGAAGGUGAAAAACGCUCAGGGAUGGAGUCCACUCGCCGAGGCCAUCAGCUACGGAGACCGACAGAUGAUCACGGCUCUGCUGAGGAAGCUGAAGCAGCAGUCACGAGAGAGUGUGGAGGACAAGAGACCCCGUCUGCUCAAAGCACUGAAAGAGCUGGGAGAUUUCUAUCUGGAGCUGCACUGGGAUUUCCAGAGCUGGGUGCCUUUACUCUCACGGAUUUUACCCUCCGACGCCUGUAAGAUCUACAAACAAGGCAUCAACAUCCGUUUGGACACUACACUGAUCGACUUCACUGAUAUGAAGUGUCAGCGAGGAGACCUGAGCUUCAUCUUCUGUGGAGACGCCGCUCGCUCCGAGUCCUUCGUGGUUCUGGACAACGAGCAGAAGGUUUAUCAGCGGAUUCAUCACGAGGAGUCAGAGAUGGAGACGGAGGAGGAGGUGGAUAUCCUGAUGAGCAGCGACAUCUACUCCGCCACGCUCUCCACCAAAUCCAUCACCUUCUCGCGUGCGCAGACCGGCUGGCUCUUCAGAGAGGACAAGACCGAGCGAGUGGGGAAUUUCCUGGCGGAUUUCUACAUGGUGAACGGCCUGGUUCUGGAGUCCAGGAAGAGACGCGAGCACCUGAGCGAGGAGGACAUCCUGAGGAACAAGGCCAUCAUGGAGAGCUUCAGCAAAGGAGGAGGGAGUAUCAUCGAGCAGAGCUUCGAGCCGGUGAGGCGUCAGUCGCUGACCGCUCCGUCUCCGAACACUAUCUCCUGGGAGGAGUACAUCACCGCCGAGACGGGAAAGGCUCCUCAUCUGGGCCGAGAGCUUGUGUGCAAAGAGAGCAAGAAGAACUUCAAAGCAACCGUAGCCAUGAGUCAGGACUUCCCUCUGAGCAUCGAGUCGCUGUUAAAUGUCUUGGAGGUCAUCGCACCCUUCAAGCACUUUAAUAAACUCAGAGAAUUUGUUCAGAUGAAGCUUCCGCCUGGAUUUCCUGUCAAACUAGACAUCCCCGUUUUCCCCACCAUCACUGCCACCGUGACCUUUCAGGAGUUCCGCUACGACGAGUUCGACGACUCCAUUUUUACGAUUCCUAACGACUACAAGGAGGAUCCCAGCCGCUUCCCAGACCUCUGAGCCGCUCCCCAUCCCGCUUCACCCCGUCUCCAUCUCCUCCCAUCUCCCUCCGGUCAAACUUCAAUCCCACACAAAGGGAUCGUGCUGAAGCGAGUGUGAAUCCGAAGCGGAGCGCAGCUGCACUACAUGAUGAAGCUCCGGAUGGAGCGGUACGUUAGAAACACGGAGCGUCGCUUCACAUCACCUCUGUAACUGGCAGGAAAUACGGCAUUAUAAAUUAUUAAACAAGCCGAGUUUUCAUUUAAAUCUUUGUACAACUGUUACAAACUUGUAUACUUCACUUAAAGGAAACGUGUACAUUUAGGAAAGAAGCGGAAGUCAUCUGUAUAUGAUUUGAAUUGUAUGAAACCCGUCACAGAAUACAAUGUCUAUGUCAUUUCUACAAACUUUGUGUAAAUACCACUUCCAUCUCCAGUUCGUUUGCUUGUUGCAUUAUGGGAAAUGGGCUUAUUCACUCUGCCCUUCACUGUAUGUUUGUUCGGAUCAUUUGCUUUCUCACAUCCUAGUGGAGGAUCGGACUGGACCGGAUGUAAAUGUAGCAGAAACGCACGGGACUUUCACUUUACUUUCACCUUGAUAGAUGGAUAUAAAUACAUUCAAAUUUAAAUAUGUUUUCCAAUGUAGUAUAAUCGACUGAUGUAUAACUGAUUGAUGUAUAACUGACGACUAUGUUUAUUGAGAUAUUAGUGUAAAAUGUUUCGGAGACGUUCGAGAUAAGUGUUUUAUGUGUGUGUUUGCUGUGUGCCGAGGGAAAAGGAGCUCGCGUCACGUUUGCACCAGCAAUAUCACGUUGGAAAGUUUCCUCUCGUUUCAGUUGUCCUUAUCCAAAUGGAAACGUGCUGCGACGCUUCCAUGACCCACUACUGGCUAGUGUGGAAACUCGCGUGUUUGUAUUUUUAUGUUACCAGCUUCUUUUUUUCCCUGUGUUUCAUGUCAUUGUUUUUAGAGUUGCUUUAUGCCUUCAGUAAUUCUUCAGAUUUUCUCCCAAAUGCAUUGAACUCUCGGCUGUACAGCAGGAACCUUGUAUGAACCUGCUGCACUUUUACACGACAAAUUGCAAUUAAUAAAAUGUCCAGUCUGUCCAA